AUGGGAACAGUGAGCAGCAAAAACAUCAUAUGGGUGAGAUGGGUACAAGCUAAUUUAAUCAAGGAUCAAGAUUUCUGGUAUGUGAAAGCCCCGGCGGAUUCUUCUUGGUGUUGGAGACGUAUCCUGGAUCACAGAACUAUAGCUACAAAGUUUGUACUCCACCUUAUAGGCAAUGGGGACAACACAAAGCUGUGGAAAGAUAAUUGGUUGGGCCAUGGUAGCCUUAUGAGCAUGUUUCCUCCACAAACUCAGUUUGACUCGGACCAUCAUCUUGACGCCAGGGCCAGCAGUUGUCUGGUUGAGGGGACCUGGAACUUAUCUCCAAAUCUGAAAAAUGCGUUGGGGAAUUUUGUGACGGAGGUAGAGAGCAUUCAAACAGAUCACCUAAUUUGUGACAGGGUUGUGUGGACGGCUGGCAACACGGGGGAAUUUGUCCUCAAGGAUACUUACAAUGCUUUGAGGCAUAAAGAAGUCAAAAAAAAGUGGCACAAAUUGAUUUGGUUUCCACAUUGCAUCCCAAGGCACUGUUUUAUUGUUUGGGUCAGUCUUCAACGUGGCUUGAAGACCAAAUUCAAGCUUCUUUCGUGGGGAAUGGAGGUCGAUCAAGUCUGCAGCCUUUGUAAUAUCAUGCUUGAGGAUGACUACCAUCUGUUUUUUAGCUGCAGCUAUUCCGCUUUCAUUUGGAGGCACAUUAUAAGACUUUUGGGACUUAGAGACAUUAUUGCUCAAGACUGGGACAAGCAGAUUGACUGGUGUGUGGAGCACAUAAAGGGUGGAAACUCUAUAGGUACAAUCAAGAGGCUCAUGUUUAAUGCUUUCAUAUAUCAUGUUUGGUGUGAAAGAAAUAGGAGGACCUUUUCUCAAAAGAGCAUGCCUGCUGGCCUCUUACUUUUAAAGAUAAUCGAAGAUGUCAGGCUCCGUUUGGACACGUGCAAAGUCUAUAUGCCUGACAACAAUGAGUCCCGUAGCUUGACAGCUAGAAUAAGGUGUAACACUGAGUUCUUUUUACCUGUUCAAAAAGCUAUAAGCUGGCAAAAACCAGAGGUAGGGGAUGUGGCAGUCAAUACCGAUGGAUCCUUAAGUGAUGAUGGUGCUGUUUUUGGGGCAAUAAUUCGAGAUGAGCAUGGAACUGCUCUCUCUGCAGUGGAAGGUAGUUCAGGUCCCUCCUCCAUUACUUUGCAUGAGCUUCAAGGCAUUGAAGCGGGUCUUAAACUUGCUCUUUUCAAUGACCACUCCAGAAUCUCUCUUAGAGAAGUUAAUGGUGCGGCUGAUUUGCUUGCUAGUUCUAGACCUGCAGGAAAUUUUGUUGUGGUUCACCCAAACUCGUUUUCUGAAGAGUUGAAGAAAAUCAUUAGGGAGGAUGCCAUGGGAAAAACAUACUACAGAUAG